GUCAUUACUGGGCACAUGGUGUUUCUUUACGGAAACCCUGUAAGCGCUUCCCUCUGCUCCUGCCUAGAAAAUGUGCCAGAGGAGCUCCGAGAGCCGUUCUACACGGACCAGUACGACCAGGAGCACAUCAAGCCGCCCGUCGUGCACCUGCUGCUGUCGGCCGAGCUGUACUGCCGGGCGGGCAGCCUCAUCCUCAAGAGCGACGCGGCCAAGCCCCUGGUGGGCCACGACGCCGUGGUGCAGGCCUUGGCGCAGAAGGGGCUCUACGUCACCGACCAGGAGCGGCUGGUGACCGAGCGGGACCUGCAGAGGAAGCCCAUCCAGAUGAGCGCCCACCUGGCGAUGAUAGACACCCUGAUGAUGGCCUACACGGCGGAGAUGGUCAGCGUGGAGAAGGUCAUCGCGUGCGCCCAGCGGUACUCCACCUUCUUUCAGGCCACCGACCUGCCCUACGACAUCGAGGAUGCCGUCAUGUACUGGAUAAAUAAGGUGAACGAACACCUGAAGGACAUUCUGGAGCAAGAACAGAAAUUGAAGGAGCAUCACACAAUGGAAGCCCCAGGAGGUCAAAAGUCUCCCUCCAAGUGGUUUUGGAAACUGGUGCCCGCGCGUUACCGGAAGGAGCAGACGCUGCUGCGGCAGCUGCCCUGCAUCCCGCUGGUGGAGAACCUGCUGAAGGACGGGACGGACGGCUGCGCGCUGGCCGCCCUCAUCCACUUCUACUGCCCCGGCGUCGUCAGGCUGGAGGAUAUUUGUUUGAAAGAAACCAUGUCUUUGGCUGACAGCCUGUACAACCUGCAGCUGGUCCAGGAGUUCUGCCAGGAGCACCUGACCCAGUGCUGCCACUUCUCGCUGGAGGACAUGCUCUACGCCGCCGCCUCCAUCAAGGUGCGCCCCCCCCCCGCCCCCCCCUUGCGAGCCACAGAUGAGCUCUUCUGUCAGCCAGGGGACCUUUGGAAAAAUCAGCUUGUGAAUUUCCUGCUUAUUUUAUGUUUUUCUGAGCCUGCGGUGCGGGCCCCGGACGCCCGCGCAAGCACCUUGGACAGCUCCCAGGGCCCCACGAGCGCGGAAGGAGAUGCGUUCCCACACCCUCAUCACUUGCCUUCCAGACACUCACGCCCCCAGCCUCCUUCUUCAGCCUCAGGGGGAAUCAGAAGGUCUUCAUCUAUGUCUUACGUUGAUGGCUUCAUAGGGACAUGGCCCAAGGAGAAAAGAUCAUCGGUGCACGGAGUGUCAUUCGAUAUUUCUUUUGAUAAAGAAAACACGGUGCCGAGAGGCGCCCCAAACCGAGGCCUCCCUCGCUCUGUCAGCAACGAAGGUCUUUCUCUGAACAACAACCGAGCGUCUAAAACCACGAGGAAGAGCCUGUCCUUCAAGCCCGUCAACGGGGAGGGGGAGGCAGGAAGCAUCGAGGAGGAGCUGAGCACGGGCCCUCACGGAGGCUUCCCGACCUACGUGCCCCACCCCCCGCACAAGCUCAACUCCAGCGAGAACACCCGCUACCAGCUCCCCAACGGGGCCCUGCAGCCCGGGCUCCUCCUGGACGAGCUGGGCAGCCAGGUGGAGACACCGAGCAUCGAGGAGGCGCUGCAGAUCAUCCACGACACGGAGCAGCGCCCCCUCGCGCCCCCGCCCGGCCACGUCGCCAACGGCUUCUUCCUGCACAGCCAGGACCUGAGCCCCCUGAACGCCAACCUGCAGCUGCGCCCGCCCAGCCCUGACCGCCUGACCGACACCAAAGGUGCCUUGAGCCCCGUGACCGACGACACCGAGGUGGACACCGGCAUCCACGUGCCGUCGGAGGACCUGCCGGGCACGGUGGACGAGGACUCCUCGCUGCGGGACUACACCGUCAGCCUGGACUCCAAAAACGUCAGCCUCAUUGAGGUGUCCCUCUCGGACUUGAAGCCCCCAGAGAAGGCCGACGUGUCUGUGGAGAAAGAGGACGGAGACAGUGACAGAGAGCAGCUCGAUGACGAGCAGAAAGUGUGCUGCGGGUUCUUCUUCAAGGACGACCAGAAGGCAGAGGACGACAUGGCGCUGAAGCGGGCGGCGCUGCUGGAGAAGCGGCUGCGGCGGGAGAAGGAGACGCAGCUCCGCAAGCAGCAGCUGGAGGCAGAGAUGGAGCACAGGAAGGAGGAGACGAGGCGGAAGACGGAGGAGGAACGGCAGAAGAAGGAGGACGAGAGGGCGCGCAGGGAGUUCAUCCGGCAGGAGUACCUGAGGCGCAAGCAGCUGAAGCUCAUGGAGGACAUGGACACGGUGAUCAAGCCCCGUCCUCCCACCGCCAAGCAGAAAAAGCAGCGCCCCAAGUCCAUGCACAGAGACCACAUGGAGCCCCCCAAGACCCCCACCCAGGGCCCUCCAGUCUCUAGCCUCUCCCUGGCGUCACUGACCACGGGCGACAGCGAGAGCGUGCAGUCCGGCAAGAGGACGCCCAGGUCGGAGUCCGUGGAGGGCUUCCUGUCCCCGAGCCGCUGCGGCAGUCGGAACGGAGAGAAGGACUGGGAGAACGCGUCCACCACGUCCUCGGUGGCCUCGGGGACAGAGUACACAGGUGGGCGCGGCUGUGCCCUUCACGGGCCGAGAGGACAGACUCCACGCGGAGCUUCCUGGCUCAUCCGGUCCAAAUGCAGAGGCUCUGGCCGAGCCUGUGGGUGCAGGGGUCAGUCUCAGGGCUGCAGGUCCGCUCGGGAGAGUGUAACUGGACCAGAUGAGCUAAGAGAAAUCUCCGAAGUUACUCAGCGGCCUGUGCGAGGGUUUUCACCGUGUCGUGCGUGGCUUGUUCUGCAGGAAAUGGAGAAGUCGGAUGCGAACAACUUCCUGAUCCUGUUCCGGGACUCGGGCUGUCAGUUCCGGUCUCUGUACACUUACUGUCCGGAGACGGAGGACAUCGCCAAGCUGACCGGGAUCGGCCCCAAGUCCAUCAGCAAGAAGAUGAUCGAGGGCCUUUACAAGUACAACUCCGACAGGAAGCAGUUCAGCCACAUUCCAGCGAAGACGCUGUCCGCCAGCGUGGACGCCAUCACCAUCCACAGCCACCUGUGGCAGAGCAAGCGGCCCGUGACGCCCAAGAAGCUGCUGCCCACGAAGGCGUAGGGUCGGGGUUCCCUCCGGGACGUUCGUGGGGACCGCCACCGCCUCCUGCCUGGGGAGCCUCCCUGAUCGCCAG